GAGAAAGGAAGAGGAGGGGGGAAGAGAGAGAGAGAGAGAGAGAGUGAGCAAGAGACCCAGCCUCAGCCUCUAUUGUGAUUCGCAGGCAGGGGGAUUCAGAUAAAAAAACAGCUUUUUCCCAGCCACGGACGCAACACUGGUCACUGCCGUAGAAUCGCCCCAAACAGCCCCAAAAAUGGAGGAAGACAUGGAUGAGGGACAGACCCAGAAAGGAUGUAUGGAGUGUUGUGUGAAGUGUUUGCGGGGAAUCCCGUAUCCGUCCCUGAUCGCCACCAUCCUGCUGUACGCCGGUGUGGCACUUUUCUGCGGUUGUGGUCAUGAAGCUCUGUCUGGCACGGUCACCAUCCUGCAGAAUUAUUUUGAGGUGAUCAGAGCACCCGGAGACUCCCUGGAUGUUUUCACCAUGAUCGACAUCAUUAAGUAUGUGAUUUACGGAAUCGCCUCGGCUUUCUUCGUAUAUGGCAUCCUGCUGAUGGUGGAGGGUUUCUUCACCAGCAGAGCCAUUAAGGACCUGUACGGGGACUUCAAAAUCACCACCUGCGGGCGCUGCGUCAGUGCAUGGUUCAUCAUGCUGACGUACAUCUUCAUGCUGGCCUGGCUCGGAGUGACGGCCUUCACCGCUCUGCCCGUCUUCAUGUACUUCAACAUCUGGACCAUCUGCCAGAACACCACGGUGCUGGAAGGAGCCAGUCUGUGCCUGGACCCACGCCAGUUUGGCGUAGUGACCAUUGGAGAGGAGAAGUCAGUGUGUACAGGAACAGAUAAAUUCUCUAACAUGUGUACCUCGAAAGAGCUGGAUAUGACCUUCCACCUGUUUGUGUGUGCACUGGCCGGCGCUGGAGCUGCAGUAAUCGCCAUGAUCCAUUAUCUGAUGGUGCUCUCCGCUAACUGGGCCUACGUGAAGGACGCAUGUAAGAUGCAGAAAUAUGAGGACUGCAAGUCCAAGGAGGAGCAGGAGCUUCACGACAUCCACUCCACGCGCUCCAAAGAGCGCCUCAACGCCUACACAUAAAACAGGAGGAGCGGGAGAGGACCCUCAGUGCUCUCACUUCCUUUAUAGGGGGAGUUUCGGCGCUGGUGCUGUCCAACAGGAGUGUCACAUGACCAACCCCAUGGCCAACCCCUUACCUCUGGCACAAGCAUUAUUAUUAUUAUUAUUAUUAUUAUUAUUGUUAUUAUUAUUAUUAUUAUUAUUAUUAUCUUCUUUACUAAUACUAUGUAGAAGUAGCUGUAGUGUUGUAGUUUUUUACAGUAUUGUAUGUUUUUUUAUUUUCUCAAAGAUCGUGCAGGUUCAUUUAUUUUUCAUUUAUUGUUUGACAUCAGUCACAGUAAAACUUUAUGCAAGUUUAUUUUUUCUGUUUUGUUUUGAAAAACAUCAGUAUUCACGUCCUCCUUAUUCAACGGGUCGGUUGUGGGGUGUAAAGCACAUUUUUUCAUGUGUGUUUGUGAUCUCAUUUUCAAGUACUUCACACAUGAAUGAAAAAAUUGGAAAAGAAACAUUUUUUUUUCUUUUUUGAUAUUUUUUUUUAUUGACUUAUUUUUUAAAUCAGUGAAAGAUUUUUGGCCCGGACGUAGCAGAUCGCUCGUCGAUCCUGCACUAUUUUGGAAACAGAAGUAAGAAAAAGAAAAAAAAUCAAAAAAAGAAAGACAAAACGAAUAAGAAAUGUACCAUAAAGUGUUUAUUUAUUAUUUUUCUACAGAUAUCAUUGCAUAGUGAGUAAGAGAAAAUGGUUAUAAGUUGCUUGCUGUGUUUGUCCUGUUUUCCUGGGACGCACAGCCUGCCAGUUUUGGGGCAUUGUUAUCUUCUUCAGAGGGAGAAUAAAUAGUGCUUAUGCAUUGCUCCUAUUGGGUGGAGUGUCAACAGCUCAAGUCUAUUAAACGAAUACUUCAGCGUUUUUCAACCUAAACUCUGUUUUACAUAUCUAUAGCAUAUUGUCAGUUAUAUCAGAUAAUAAUCCCUGUGCGUAGCAAAAAAUGAAAAUAAAGCUGUUGACUCAAAACCUUAAAAUGGAAGUCAACAGGCAGAUGCUGGGCCACAUUUAUAAUGUAGUCAAAGAGCAGAUGCUCAGCCACACUCAUGAUGGAAGUCAAUUGGGUGAUGCUGACCCACAAUGGGCAGUCAAUGGGCACAUGCUUAAGCAUAUUUACAAUGGAAGUCAAUGGGCAGAUGCUUCUGCAUACUUACAAUGGAAGUCAAUGAGCGGACACUUAACCAUACUUUCAAUGGAAGUCAAGGGGCAUAUCCUGAGACACACAUAUAAUGGAAGUCAAUGGGCAGAUGCUGAGCCACACUUGUAAUAGAAGUCAGUGGGCAGAUGCUGAGCCACAUUCAUAAUGGAAGCCAAAGGCAUCUGUCCAUAUAAGUGUGCUGAAACAUCUGCUAAUUGAUUUCCACUGUAAGUGUGCUGAAGUAUCUGCCCACUGACUUCCAUUUAAAGUGUGGUUCCAUAUCUGCCCACUGACCUCCAUUUUAAGUGUGGUUCCACAUCUGCCCAUUGACUUCCAUUAUAUAUGCAUCUUAGCAUCUGCCCAUUUACAUCCAUUGUAAGUAGGUAGAAACAUCUGCCCACUGACUUCCAUUGUAAAAGUGCUUCUAUUAUUGGUAUAUUUCAAGACACCAGGUCUUCUGUGCUUUUCUAAGUAGUAAGUACAGAGACAUGCAUUGAAAGUAUUGUCCAGGGUAAGCGACUGUCAGCUAUGGAUAGAGCAGGUAGGGAUUAGGUUGAAAAACGCUGGCGUAUGCCUUUGAAAGCUAACUCCUUCUUGAGUAAUAAUGCAACAAGUUCUGUACUGGCUGACUGCCACACAUGCAUAAGCCUACAGUGUUAUUAUCCCCACUUUUAUUUUCCUACAGAUAAUAGAUACAGGUAAGUAGACCGUCCUUUUUUGUUGGUUUGUUUUUUUUAAAAUCACAUUUUUUGUCUUGCUUUUGUAAAUAGUCAUUCUGUAAAUGUAUACAUGUACCGUAUGUAAGCACUUCGAUUUCAGGUGAAUCAAAAAUGACAUUCCAUGUUAGUGAAUGAGGGGUGGGGGUGAUGGAGGAGGAGGAGGAGGAGGAGGAGGAGGAGGAGGAGGGGAUGAUGUCCUUUAAAGGAAAAAAAGAAGAAGAAGAGAAAACAAUUCAGGCGAUGUGUUUGUGGUCACAUUUUUUGGGUGAUUUGUUUUUAAGGGGGGAAUAUCACAACAGAAUCAGAUAUUAAAGAGGUUCUAUUACCUUGACGACAGUAAACAUGUCACAUGUUGUCUUGCAAGUCAUUAUACUAUUGAGACUAUGGACAAAGGAGGUGUCUUAUCAUUCUUUUUCAAUGCCUGGCAAGUCAUGUUCUGUCAGUGUUUCUAAGAGCUAGUUUCGUGCACUUAUAUUUGACCAUUUUGUGAGCUCUUUCUCAGUGUAAGUGCAUUGGGAUUUCAGCUGGCCAGUUGGAUCCCGCUGUAACGUUAGGUAAAGACUGUGAAUUCUAGGUGUUAUUUGUGGCAUGGUCAUGCAUUUAGUGGUAAUCGUUUUUACUGGAUCCAAAAGAUGAAUUUAAAAGAAAAAAAUACUGAAAAAAAUGCUUUCAUUUCACCUUUUUAUGAGUUUGUUUCCUGCAACUGUCUAGCUGGGUCAUCCCCUACUCUCCCGAUGUGCAGUAAUAAUUGGACCCCUAUGCUGACUGCAUUGCUCUGAAUCUCCUGCUGUUCGAUGGUAGUGUUUGAUUUGUAACUGUUUAGUUUGUGGUGAACUCUAUAACUGCCCUCAGUCCAUUCUCAGCCCUGUUCCUCUGUUGCUUUCUCAAACCCUAUCCCCUUCUCUCUCUCUCUCUCUGUCUCUCUCUCUCUCUCUCUCUCUCUCUCUCUCUGUCUCUCUCUCUGUCUCUCUCUCUCUCUCUCUCUCCUUGUAUUAGUCUUUUGUACACUCACUAAAGAAUGCUUAGUAGCAGGCUGUACCAUGAUUCUGUUUUGUACAUAAAUGUGCCAACCGCUUGACAGUGGCUUUUCUGAUCUGUAGGGACAAACUGCUUGCAUAAAUAAAUACACUGGUGUACUUGUUAAUAAA